AUGGAAGAGGCAUCCGGAACGCGAUCGCACAGGGAAGAUAUCACGCAGACGAUGUUGGUUACUGACGGAGGCAAUUCGCCGGAAGAUGCGCUUUUUGUGCUGGAUGGUUACUUGGGAUCUGUUUUGAGGCCCUCCCUUCUUCUCCGACAACGGAACGAACUUUCGGGCGCGAGCAAGGAGCUGGUGGAGACGGUGCGGAGCAUCGGGAACGACUGCGCCGAGGUGCUGACAACGUCGCGAACGAAGUGGACCUUCAACCCACCCGAUGCACCCCGCAUGGGGGGUGCUUGGGAGCGUUUGGUCCGCUCUGUGAAGGAGGCGCUGGAGGCGUUGGACGACGGGCGGCGGCUGACGGACGAGAUUCUGGUGACCUGUCUGGCGGAGGCGGAGGACAUGAUAAACUCACGUCCGCUCACGUACGUGGCUCAAGAAUCGUUGCAGGCGGAGGCCCUCACACCAAAUCACUUCAUCCGAGGAGUUUCACCGAACGAACCCAACACGGUCCCGCCAUCCCCUCAUCAUGCAGAAGCUCUACGUGCCGCUUACAAGCGGUCGCAACAGUUGGCAGAUGUGAUGUGGCAGCGCUGGAUCAAGGAGUACGUGCCGUCGGUGAAUCAACGCACGAAGUGGUUCGUUGAGUCGAGGCCACUGAAGGCGGGCGACCUGGUCUACAUGGUUGACGGGAAGAACAGGAAGUCCUGGAUCCGCGGAGUGGUCGAAGAGCCAGUCGUGUCAGGCGACGGGAGGAUUCGCCAAGCAUGGGUGCGCACCAGCAGCGGGCUGGUUAAGCGUGCGACAGUGAGGCUGGCCGUGCUGGAGAUCGAGGGUAAACCUGCUUCAGAGGCAUCGGAACCGGGUUUACGGGCCGGGGAAUGUUGA